AAAUUGGAAGGAUACCGGUUAUAAAUAGUCUGUUUCGUUCAUUCCCUCAAUUUUCCAACAUUAAAUGUUAAUCGAUUUGUAAUAUUUUUCCAAAUUUCUGUUUUGUUUGCCUUUUGUACACACAUACAUAUUUGCAAAAAUGAUGCCCACGUAUAUUACGUAUAAUGGCACUUCGAAAUCCAUCAGGGAGAUCAGACGUUCGUUUGACAUGCAUCAAUAUGCAAUCUACGUUGGAGAACCUACGAAAAUUAAACCUGGGAAAUUUCCAGAUUCUAGAGAAGAACCCGAUCUAUCGAAAGGAGCCGCAAAAAUUACUUUUCGUGAGCCUACAAGUCGAGUCCGACUUCGUCGUAAAGGAAAACCGAAUGUAUAUCCAAUAACCACCGAGUGUACGCUUUUCUCCGAUUCAGAGGAAUCAGGAAGUGAAGAAACUGAAAAUUUCAAGAGGAAAGUCAAUAAGAUGAUAUUAAUGGAAAGCCAUGUUGUUGAGGAUAAAUUAGAAGAUUUAAAAAAAAUUGCUGAUGAGAAAAUUGGAAACCUUGGAAUCUUAAUCACUCAACAGAUGAGGUGGAAUAGGAGCACAUUUGCAGUAUUGGGAGAGAAAAGGUUGGACUUAUAAUUGGUAGCCGCGCUUAUGUUACGUGUUUAUAUAUAGUAUAUUUAUGCAGCAUUGAUUAAAUAAAAU